UCCCGGGCGGGCCUCCAGGCCCCAGACACACCCCUCUCGGCGCCGGGGGCUUCUCCUCGGCCGGUUCCCGCCGGCGCGCGACCUCGUGCCCCCGCGAGCGCCCUCGGCGUUUCCCAGGAGGCGCCUUCUGGGAACUUCGGGCCACCCUCCCGGGCACGUCGUCGUAGCGAAGCCGUGUAUUUACUCCUUCCUUCAGUAUCCAGACACAGCCUUGCACUCCACGCGUGCCGAUUUGGGGGAUCCUGCGGGCACGCGGCCCGGGUCGCUGUUGUUUGCGCCUCCGUGACCCUCGUGCGCACCCGCCCCUCCCCCGCCGCAACUUUGAUCCUCGCCGGGACCUUCCUUGAACCCUUCCGCCCCCCGGACCCGCUCCGAGAUGCCCGUUUGGAAAUCCGCCUUCGCCGGGCUCGAUAAAGAAGACAUGUUGGAUAACAGGAAGAGUUAUAGAGUUUGCAGAUAUCAACUGUGGCCUUAAUAAGCAAGCACGUUAGUAGCAUCAAUGCCAGACAGAUGGUUCUUCAUUUGAGCCAGUUCUUUCACAUUUCUCCAUAAUAUAUCAAACCUUACUUACCGAUCCUUAUUUCACAUAUCCUUUUAGAAUACACUCUCUCUAGGUCAGGCACAUGUGGCUGGUGGCUGCCAUAUUGACAGUGCAGUUCUGGAAGAUGGAGAGAGCUAUGACACAGUAAAUUUAAUUAAAAGGUCCUAUUACUGCUGGAUUGUACAAGAUAUUUAACCGUGUUUUCUUUGAGGUAUGACUUAAAUAUCAAACAUCUUAAAUAAGAAAAGGGGAACAUUUUAGUUUUGGAAGUCAGAAUGCCAAGGAGAAAGAAAAAUCUUGGGGGAAAUCCUUUUCGGAAGACUGCAAGCUCUCAGGAAGUUGUAUCCAGUGUGGCUAGUCGUGAGGAGCCACCCACUACUCUUCCUUCCAUGUGUGAGACAAAAGUUGAUCGGGAGGAACUCUUCACCAGUAUCUCAGAGAUGUUUUCUGAUCUGGACCCCGAUGUAGUGUAUUUGAUGCUUUCUGAAUGUGAUUUCAAAGUUGAAAAUGCAAUGGAUUGUCUAUUAGAAUUAUCUGCCACUGAUGCCAAGGUAGAAGAAUCAUCUUCAAAAAGCUUUGUUGCCUCCGAGAACCAAGUAAGUGCUGUGGGACGUGAAAUAAUGGAAAAAUAUACUCCUGAAGAAGAGAGGGAAGAUUCAAAAAUGGAUUCAUUUUUGGACAUGCAGCUAACUGAAGACUUGGAUUCCUUAAUACAGAAUGCUUUUGAGAAAUUGAACUCUUCUCCUGAUGACCAAGUAUACUCAUUUUUGCCUUUGCAAGGUGUUAAUAGUUUUAGUGACCCGAGUGCAUUUAUAAAUUCAGAUUCAAGUAAUAUGACUCCCAUUCUUUCUACACAGAAUAUGGAUUUGGACAGUGAAAAUUUAGAGAAUUCUGCCCCUGCGUUAAGUUCAAACACCUUAAUUUCACAUUCUGUUUCUGAUGAGUCCAAAAAUUUUAUAAAGGAUGACGUAUUGGCAUUGGAAGAUCCUCUUCUCAGUAGUUCUUUAAAUGUAGCAAAUAACACUAUGGUGAGUAGUAGCAAUCUCAGUCAAAGGCAGAAAGAGCUUUUAGAAUCUGAGUGUGUUGAGACUCCGUUCUCUCAAGCCCCUGUAGAUUUGGAUGCCAGUGAACCUCAGGCUCCUCUAAGCCUUACUGCGCAAAAUUUGGGGCUUGAUUUACUAGGUACAAGUGGGGAUCAGAAAUCUGCCUCUGUCCCCGAUGCAUUUGUACCUUCUGAAGAAUUCAGUUUCAAACCACACAAACAUACUGAACUUCCGUCAAAGGGGAAAGAUGUGAAUUACUGUCCUGUACUUACCCCUCUCCCUCUGCUGCUGCCUCCUCCUCCACCUCCACCAAUGUGGAAUCCAAUGAUUCCUGCUUUUGACCUCUUUCAAGGAAAUCAUGGCUUUGUAGCUCCUGUUGUAACCACCGCUACGCACUGGAGACCGGUCAGCUACACGUUUCCCCCUCCAGUUAUUUCUCACACUUCCCCAACAAAGGUAUGGAGAAAUAAAGAGGGAACAAGUGCUUAUCAAGUACAAGAAACCCCAGUUUCUCAGGUCGUAAGAAAGAAGACAUCAUCUUAUGUUGGACUAGUUCUUGUUCUCCUCAGAGGGCUUCCGGGAUCAGGAAAAUCUUUUUUGGCAAGGACUUUGCAAGAGGAUAAUCCAAGUGGAAUUAUUCUUAGUACUGAUGAUUAUUUUUACAUAAAUGGGCAGUAUCAGUUUGAUGUAAAGUACCUAGGAGAAGCACACGACUGGAACCAGAAUCGUGCAAAAGAAGCAUUUGAGAAGAAGGUGUCUCCUAUAAUAAUAGAUAAUACAAACCUACAGGCAUGGGAAAUGAAGCCAUAUGUUUCUUUGUCUCAAAAACAUAAAUAUAAAGUCCUUUUCCGGGAACCGGACACGUGGUGGAAAUUCAAACCAAAGGAACUUGCGAGGCGUAAUAUUCAUGGGGUAAGCAAAGAAAAAAUAACAAGAAUGUUGGAACAUUAUCAGCGUUUUGUUUCAGUGCCAAUAAUUAUGAGUUCUUCAGUUCCAGAGAAAAUUGAACGUGUUGCGUUGUGUGCAUAUUCUUGUGAGGACAGAAAUACUAGCCCAAGAGACAAUGAAGAUGUUACCUCUGAAAAAGAAGAAAAUAUUUUAUCCUCAUCUUUGAAGCAUCUAGAGUUAACUGAAGAGAAGAAACUUGAAGUGGCCAAAGAAACUAUAUUACCUGAGAAUGUUACAUAUCUCUCUAAUGGAGAUUUAAACAAAGGAAGAACAGAAAUAAGUGUUACGAAUUCUCAGAAUCAGAGUGCUUUUAUUCAGGAAGUUUCAGACGUGUAUUUUUCUGAUUCUGAAAGCAAAGUACAAGCCACAGAAAGUAAAAGAGAAGAGCAAGUAGAACUGGCUUCUGAAAAAGAAUAUAGUAAAACUGAUGCAGAUAGUUUUGUAGAGAGAAUGUCACCGAGUACUUGCUGUGGUGAAAAUAAUCAAGAAGACUAUGAUCUUUCAGAUACUGUGCCAUUUCAAAAUGAAAAAUCUUCACCUGGUGAAACAUUAGAAGAAAGAGCCACAGUAAAGAAAAAAGCCUUUGGAAAACAAAAAAGCAAGUCAACUUUGGAAAAGUUCCCAAGACAUGAGCUAUCAAAUUUUGUCGGUGACUGGCCAGUUGAUAAGACUAUUGGUCAGAGGGCCAAAAGGAACCGAAAAACUGAAAAAGCUUCAUCUAUACAAAGUGACAAAAAAUAUAAUCGCCCUCAGUCACGCAAAGUAUUAGAUAAUACUCUAUCUGCAAAUAUAGAUCAUAUCCAGCAACGAGAAUCUCCAAAUGAAAGUACAGAGGAUGACAAGAAGUCACAGUAUGAUGAUGCUUCAGAAUCUUUCAAUUCCUGUCAAUAUGAUACGUAUAAAGAUACUGAAAAACAGUCAUUUAACAUUGUGGGUGACUGGCCUUCAUCUGAUUCCUUAGCUCAGAGAGAGCACAGGUCAAGAAUGCCAAAGGAUGGUUUAAAGGAACCCAACCUAGAAUUUGGAACUAAUGACAGUAUGAAUGAAAUAGCCUUCUACAUAGCACAUGAGACCUGUUGUUGGGGCACAAGCCCUGAAGAAUUAAAAACCCUGGGUAGCUCCACUCUAGGGAGUUCUGAAACACUACCCAAUAAAGUGACCUGUGAGAAUAAGACUUGUCCAAGUAAAAAGAUUCAUAGACAGCACACAUCGUCUCUCACUAGUACCAACAGUGGGCCAACUUUUCCUGGAGUAGUAGGACCACAAACUUCCGUUGAAUUUCCAGAAGGAAAACCUAAUACAGUCCCUGGAAUAGAAGAAGGCAUGUGUACCCAGACUGAACCACAGGAUUUUGCUCUCUUAUGGAAAAUAGAAAAGAAUAAAAUUAAUGUUUCAGAUUCUGUGAGAGUGUUAACAGGACAAUUAGAUGGAUUUAAACCAAAAGCUUUCAAUAUUAACACAAAGUUAGAUGUUCAAGAAACAAUUCCAUAUAGGGUAAUGUAUGAUAAGAGCACGUAUGUUGAAGAAAGUGAGCUUACCAGUGCUGAUGAAUCUGAAAAUCUUAAUAUUCUUUGUAAACUCUUUGGGUCCUUUUCAUUAGAAGCCCUAAAGGACUUAUAUGAGAGGUGUAACAAAGAUAUUAUUUGGGCCACAAGUCUCUUGUUGGAUUCUGAAACAAAAUUAUGUGAGGAUACUGAAUUUGAGAAUAUCCAAAAAUCGUACGAUGAAGCACAAAUUGGGCCAUUUUCUCUGGGAUUAAAUUUGAAGGAAAUUAUUAGUCAAAGAGGAACUUUGGAAGAUUCUAGUUCUGUGCCAGAAUUUAGCCAUGGCACUGCUGUUAAUAACCCUGAUGUACAAUCUACCUGUGAUUCAGAAGAGGGAAACUCAGAGCAGGCAGAAAUAAGAGCUAUAACUACUGAAAAACCUGUGUUAAUAACAGGUUUAUUUCCUAAUGCCACUCUAGAUCUAAAGAAUAAUAAUGAAGUACUUCCCAGUAGUCAGGUAGAACUUCCAGGUCUAUAUAACAUUAAGCAGUCUUUCCCAGGUACUCUAAAACCAACUCUUGCUAAAGAUAUGAGUGAAAUGGAGAAGAAUCUAGAAGCCACGGAGAUUGGAGACAGUAUACAUUCUUCUUUGAAUUUGUCUGAUAUUUUAAACUCUGUAUCAAGCACUUCAAAUCUUGAAUUAAAUGAAGAACUUGACUUUACUGACUCUCUUGAAAUAAAGAAAAAUGAAAAUCUUCCAAAGGAUUAUAUGAGAUUUCCAAGCACUGAAGAAUUUAUGAAUGAAGAUGAACAGGAAAUGGAAAAAAUUCUAAUGGCUGAGAGUACUUUCUCAGCUGAAGUUAGUGAAGAAGAUAAAACUGAGACGUUGAAUCCCAUGCCAGUGAUGGCCAAAUCACUGACCAUAGACUGUCUGGAAUUGGCAUUACCCCCUGAGCUGGCUUUUCAGCUCAAUGAAUUAUUUGGCCCUGUUGGUAUUGAUUCAGGGUCUCUAACAGUUGAGGAUUGUGUGGUUCAUAUAGAUCUGAAUCUGGCUAAAGUGAUUCAUGAGAAAUGGAAAGAAUCUAUAAUGGAGCGACAAAGACAAGAAGAGGUAUCCUGUGGCAAGUUUAUGCAAGAUCCUUCCCUGGUUGGGCAUAUUGGUCUUGAUAAUCCAGAACAAAAAUCAUCUCAGAAAACAGGCAAAAAAUUACUGAAGACUUUAGCAGCACCUGAAAUGCUACCCUUAUUGGAUCAUUGGAACGCUCAAACUAAAAAAGUCUCACUCAGAGAAAUAAUGUCAGAAGAAAUUGCCUUACAGGAAAAACAUGAUUUGUUUCUGCCCAUUGAGGAGAAUAUGUUUUUGAGGACGUUGUUCACAGCAUCACACAGUGUCCAUUUUAUGAGGACCCAUGGGAGAAAUUUCUCUCAGAAAAGGGAGGCACUUAUGUUUGAAAAAGAUUGUGCCACUAAACUAAAGGAGAAGCAGCUCUUUAAGAUAUUUCCAGCCAUUAACCAAAAUUUUCUGGUGGACAUUUUCAAGGACCACAACUAUUCAUUAGAACACACAGUUCAGUUUCUAAACUGUGUUCUUGAAGGAGACCCUGUAAAAACGGUCGUAGCGCAAGAGUUUGUUCACCCAAAUGAGAAUGUCACUUCUCAUACUACACAGAAGUCUAAGGAGAAAAAGGCAAAGAAAUCGAAAGAGACUGAAGAUAUACCAAGUGAACCAUCUUUCCAGGAUUUUGAGUACCCAGAGUACAAUGACUACAGGGCAGAGGCUUUUCUGCACCAACAGAAGAGGAUGGAAUGCUACAGCAAAGCGAAAGAAGCUUAUCGGAUGGGGAAAAAACACGUUGCCACGUUUUAUGCCCAGCAGGGUAGUCUCCAUGAGCAGAAGAUGAAAGAAGCCAAUCACCUUGCUGCUGUGGAGAUCUUUGAGAAAGUCAAUGCCUCCCUGCUGCCACAGAAUGUUUUAGACCUCCAUGGGCUGCAUGUGGAUGAAGCUAUAGAACAUUUGAUGACAGUUUUACAGCAGAAGACUGAAGAAUUUAAGCAGAAUGGUGGUAAGUCCUAUCUCUCUGUGAUUACGGGGAGAGGAAACCACAGCCAAGGAGGAGUUGCACGCAUCAAACCAGCCGUCAUUAAAUACCUCAUAAGCCAUAGCUUCAGGUUCUCUGAAAUUAAACCAGGGUGCUUGAAAGUCAUGCUAAAGUAAAAAAAAAAAAAAAAAAUCCUUGAUUUAGAGUGUGAAGGUUUGUAGGUUAAAAUUAGUUUAUUUGUGAUAAUUUAGUCAAUUUCCUGUAAAUAUGUGUUUAUUAUUAGAAAUGUCCAGUUGUAACAAAAACAUUAUGAUGAUGUUUUUCAGAAUUCAAGAGAAGUUUAAUUUUUUACUGAAUCAAAUGCCAAAUAGGUUGUCUGUUAAAAAUAUUAAAGAGAAUUUUUAUUGAUUAUAAAAUGUCUAAGAAAAUUAUCAGCUGCAGUUUUAAAGUUUGAAGUGCUCUGAUUCUUUCUCAGAAAAUGUUACCUUUAUAUUAAUUGUUGUUUAACAUUUAGUAAAAUUCUAAAGGCAUCUUUGAGAGGUUUUUAAAGUGCUUUGAGACCUGGUUCAUGCCCAUCAAAGCCUUGUAUUAAAAGAAGAAGGAAAUCUGACAAAAAACACUUGAAUACUUUUGAUUUCAAAACUAACUACAAAAAACCAUUUCAUUUUGCCAUAUUCUACAGGAAGGAAGACAUGCCGUUUUGCACUUUCUUCUGUUUUGUAUAUAUCUUGAUCUCUUACCUUAUGUUGCGUGUGUGUGUGCAUUUUCUAGGAGGAAAGUUGAAGCCUGAGAUUAUAUUACACUUUUAUACUUUCUGUAGACAGAAAAGUUUUUAGAGAAGGAGAAAUGGUGAGGUAUCGACCAAGUAUUGGUGUCUUACUGAACUUCUAGAGCUGUGUAAGUGGUUUUCAAGAUGAUACUAAAGAACUAUAUUUUAUAUUUGAGGCAUAUGAUUUCUAAACUGCAGUAGGUCAAAGUCCUAUUAAUUUAAAACAAAUAUAGAAAACAUUUUUGAUAUAAUCUUAAAAGGAAUCUUUACAAUUUAAACAUUUUUACAUUUGUUUUUAAGAUGAGCCAACUUUCUGAAAGGAAACUUUCAUGGACUUCUUUUUUGUGUGAGCUAUAAAAAGUCUUGUUAAUAUGUCAAUUAUAAUUUCAUUUACACAAGUUUAGUGUGGUAAAGUAUAAUUUUCCAAUAUGAAACAGUGGUUUGAGUAAAUUUGACUUUGGAUAUAGAGAAUAUUUCCAAUAUAUGUAAUUUAACAAAUGGUUAUGUUGCUUUUUUGAUAAGCUUAAAAGUCAUUUGGAUCAGGAAUUACAGGGUUGAGUUGUUACUGAAAGAAUCCUGAAUUACAGAAUGGUUUCUCAAAAGAACAGACAUUUUAAUGAAAAUAAAACUCAAAAACACAUUUUUACAUAUCAUGAAAGCAUGCUUUUAAAAGAGCUGUAUCAUUAAAUUUAUUUCCACAAAAAUAAAAAUGUUUAUUAUUUCGAAACAGUGAGUGGUAUUGAAAUAUUAUUCUUGUUUGAUAAUAAUUUGUUAAAAAAAUCCAACAGUUUAGCAUAUGCUUUUUAUAAUAUCUAGAAGUGUUGUAUACAUUAAAAAUAAAGCAGUUCAAGAACUUACUAUAAAAAUAUAGUUAAUGAAAUAAAAUAUUUCUAUGUAUAAAUUAAUAUGAUUUAAGAAAUGUGAAUAACAAUGCUAAAUCUGAAGUUAUUCAGGUGUGUGCAGCUGCAUACUCACUUUCCAUGUUUUCAUAUUUCUUCACCCGGUUUUAAAAAGCUUCACUUUUGUGCACUUCAGCUAAAUUUAUUUCAUUGUUAUUAUAAUUAUGAUUAAUGUGGGAGCAAUCAAAAAGAACAAGGGAUGAGGUAUUUUGUGGGCAGAAACCAAAUGAAACAAACUAUGUUUUUUGCUGUACCAACCUUAAUUUUAGGCUUUAUUUUGGUAAAUCUAGGGUAUUUUUUUCUCUUUUUAAAGAUCUUAUUUAUUUAUUCUUGAGACCCACACAGAGAGACAGAGAGAGGCAGAGACACAGGCAGAGGGGGAAGCAGGCUCCACGCAGGGAGCCUGACAUGGGACUCGAUCCCGGGUGUUCAGUAUCAGACCCUGGGCUGAAGGCAGUGCUAAACCACUGAGCCACCCGGGCUGCCCUAGGGUAUUUUUUCUUAAUCAUCAUUCAUAGUAUGUAGGCAAAUUUUGAGUAUCUCAAGUGUUUUUAUGAAGUUGUUUAAUCCUAAACUGCCUCCUGCCCGACUGACUAGCAGAGUUUAAACAACAUGUAAUUAUGAAAGAAAACUUUAUAGUUUCUCCUUUCUUGUUUUGCCCAUUUCUAAAUUCUGUAUGCCAAAGGUAAACAUAGUUUGGGGAUUAUCAGAUUCUUCUCUUGCUCAUUCCAAACCCUAUAUGUCGAAAGUAGAAACUGUAGGGAGUUAUCAGUUAUCAAAGUUUUCAGGUAUUGGUAUAUUUGUGCUAAUACAUGAUGACUCGUUAGAAUGGCUCUUCACAAGUGUAUCAGUGUUCUAAAAGUACACCACUUCUGUAGUUUGGAAGGUCUUAGUAACAAUUACAUCUUUUCAGUAGUCGUCUUUUCUACCAGGAGAAAAAAAGAGAACUAAUGUAGAAACCACAGGGGAAAGGGGGUUGGACUAAGGAGUCUCUCUCUCUCUCUCUCUCUCUCUCUCUCUCUCUUUUAAAGGAAUGUCUUUAACAGUAUUUUCAAAUCAUCUACUUCCUUCAACAUGAGACAUGGAAGCAUGUUAUCUUGGAUUUAUUGGCUGUUCAUAUAUCUCUAUUAUUUUCAAGUUGAGUUUUUUUCCCCCAAUUUAUUAGUGUUUUCAUACUAUUUAUAAUUCUAUGGCCUUUAAAUAUAGGACAUAUUAUGUAGUAGAAAUUCGGACUUACACUUUUAAAGUGUCUUUGGUAUUAUAACACAUUUUGAGAGGAAAAGCUAAACAAUUCUGUUGGAUUGUUUCCAGUCCUUAUUUUGGUCUUUCUCUUUUUAAAUUCAAGUGUUUUGUGUGCUUAGAAAAAGGACGUUAUAAUAGCAAGAUUGGUUAUUUCUGAGCUGGAAAUUGGAAACUCUUGAGACUCAGGAAAUUGCUCUGACAAUGUUUUAACUGCUCUCAAUUUAAGAAAAUGACAAAAUGUAUUAAAAAAAGACACAAAAAUAAUCUGUGCUGUUUUUCAAGUGCUUUUUCUAAGUGCUUUUCCAUUGUGCAAUGAAGUGAAGUUUGGUAAUUUUCUGUGUAGUGGUUAAAUAUUGCUUAUUUUUAUUUACAUAGUAAAAAUGUGUGUACAAAAAAAGUGUCAUUUCAAAGGUAAAGUAAUUUAUGUAGAAUGUAUGUUAAUGGUGCUUAUUUUUAAAAUGUAAUUCAAGUUUACAUAUUACUUAAUGCCUCUACAGAAUUUAGUAGAGAAGCAAGGCUGGAAUACAUGGAUAUCCCGAAGAGCCUUUUGUAACUUAACAUUAUCUAAUGACAGACUUUAUUAUUUUCCUUAAAGUUGAGCAGUUGACUUUUAUGGUCCAAAUGAUGAACCUGUUAUUAACAAAUGAUUGAAAUUAACCACAAAACUUCUCAUUAAAAUGUAAUAUUGCAGCUAUCUGUUGGAGAAUAUAUUAUAAAAUUUUCAGACAGUAUAUCAGAAAUGAAAUGUUUUUAUUUGUACUAUAAAGAAAAUGUAAUUUUGCUGUUAACUCUGUACUUUUUUAUUGAAAAUGUUUUAUAACUUUGCUUUUAAAAUUUCUUAUGAAACCAUUUGCAAAUUACAUACUUAAUUUAAUAAAGUACUUUAGCCACA